UAAUCAAAAACUAAAAUUUAAUAUUAGAUUUACCAGCAAAUGAUCCUGAAGUACAUUAUCUUUUUAGAUAUUGACAUUUGUAAUCCUUCUGCCCUGUAACAUAGCGGCCUGUUUACAAACCACAAAUGAUAUGUAUACUUCACCUACCGUACCUUUAAAGUGCACAUAAAAUUCAUCAAACGGAAAACUGCUUCCUAUUAAUAGUGUUUUAGCCCGAAGGUCUGCCAAAAUUUGUCUUAGGAGAAGAAACAAGCCUAUCCUUUGAUAAACACAACUUAUAUGCUACUAAAAUGGACAGACUAUAAGAACCUUUAAAGAGUAGCAGAAAUUAAAAACUAUUAUGUAUCGCCUGUGAUUAUGACGUCUACUGUGAUGUCUUUCAUUUUGUCAUGCAGGGGGCGAGUUCAUUAACAUCGUCUGACAGUGCAAUACAAGGACCAAUGCAGCAGUCUGCGGCAAUACCUGAAUCAGUUUCAACCAAAGAUAAUGCGUUAUUUACGUCAUCCACGCAAGCUGUAACACCAAAGAUAACAACCAAAGCAAAUAUUGCUCCAACAACAAAACCACCACCACCAACAACAACAACGACAACAACAACGACGACAACAAUCACAACACAAUCAACAACAACAACUACUACUACUACUAAAAGACCUACGACCAAAACAACAACAACAACCACAACACCUCGUCCAACAACAACGAGCACUGCGUCAUCUACUACGUCAGAACCCAGAACCACAACGAGGUUGACAACUAAAACACUGACAACAGCGCCGCCUACAACAUUGGCACCUUCGUCAGAUCCGGUGCUUUGUGACGACACAUACUGUAGCACGCUGUCGUACGAGAUGUUGGGACGAAUGAACACGUCAGUCGAUCCCUGCACGGACUUCUAUAGCUACUCAUGUGGUGCUUGGAUCUCCGGUAGAAAAAUCCUCCUGGAUAUGAAUGUCAUUGAUCAGGACAGAAAUUCAGUGCUGAGUGAUGCCAAGUUGAAUCUUAAGCAAAAAAUUAGAGAGAUGCUUGAAGAAGGAGUCUUGUUCGGGGAUUCGGAAUAUUUGAUAGCCGCGAAGCUUCACUAUCAGAGCUGUAUGGAUUCAAACACUCGUUUUGAUAGUGGUCAAGGUUAG